GGGGAAAAGGUAUACAUAGUUUGUAUUAUAUUGUAUGUACUAUAAUGUUCUGUUGUAGUGGUGUAAAUAGUCAUGAUUAUUAUGGACAGCAUGCAACAAAUAGAUUUUAAUUUCUUUAUAUAAAUGUAUCAUCUAUAACUAAUUAUAUUGUAUGAAAACUUUGCAAUGAUAUGAAUAAUCUGGUAUUUGGAGUUGGCAUAGGACUAUUUGUUAUUUUGAUUCUGUGGGCUAUAGCUUUGUUAAUAUUUAUUGUAUCAUUAAGAGUUGAAAAGAAAAUUGGAACUAUUGCAAUAUUGGUUGUUGGCAUAUGUACAAUAGUUUUAAUUGCUUUGCCAAAGACCUCUGAAAAAGUUAAUUCUACAGAAAAUAAGAUAUAUGAUCAUUUGUUCGUUUGGCGUAUUGUAUUACUUGUAUUGUUGACUAUAUCAUCUAUCAUUGGUUUGUUAGGAUAUAUUAAAUUUUCAUUGACAGAAUCAGUCAGACCAGUUCGAAUAUCUAAUUGGGUUUUUUAAAUAUUAAUAAAGUUAUUAAUAAAUGCUGCAAUUGAAAAAGGCUAUUUAAUUUUUUUAGCCAAUAUUUUGUCUUCAUAAUACAGACAAUAUUUAAAAUAUAAAAAUGUUGCGUAGUAGUACUACUAAACUUUCAUCAGCUCUGGUGAGACAUAUUUCUUCAUCUUAUCAGAUGAAUAAACAAUUUGAAAUAAAUAGUAAUAGCGAAUUUGUUAGUAAAGUAAUGAAUAGUUCAGUACCAGUUAUUGUAAAUUUUCAUGCUGAGUGGUGUGAUCCUUGUAAGAUCCUGACACCCAAACUAAUCGAGCUUAUAGGACCAAUGGAUAACUUAGAUCUUGCCAUUGUGAAUCUAGAAUCAAAUCCUGAAUUAGUACAUAUUUUUGAAGUAAAAGCUGUCCCAGCUAUUACAGUAAUUUCAAGUGGAUUGGUUGUUGAUAAGUUUGUAGGUUUAAUUGAUAUAGAUAUCAUAGAAAAUUUAAUACACAAACUUACCAAUACUUCUCCAAAUUCUGAAAAUGAUAAGAGACCAAAUGAAACAUGAGUAUUUUACAUAUUAUGUAAAGUAAUAAUUAAAUAUAUUUUUAUUCUAUUGUGCUAUAUAAUUCUACUUCUCUUAAUUUUUCAAAGAGCAAUAGUAAAACAAGAGCAGCGCGAUUGUGCUGCGUGACAUUUAAACGAUUAAAAGAAAUAUUUUAUUACAUGUUUAAAAUGCAACUUGUGAAGUUGCAUGAAAAAGAAAGAAUAAUUAUGUUAAACUAUAACAAAUUUUAUUAAAAUUGUGAAUAAAUCUAGUUUACAAGAAGUAUAUUUACUAUUAUAAGUUAAACAUAAUUAAGAUUUUGAAUUAAUACCGGGAUAAAACAUACGAUUGUAAUUUCAAAAAAGAUAACAUGUUUAUUAUUCAUCAUUUUUUUUUUUUUUUAAUAAUAAUUUGUUAAUUAUUUUA